AGGACCCAGCAGGCGGCGGCAGGCGGCAGUUGUGUAGAUCACUGAGAGACUACGAGGGUCCGGUUCAGUUUUAAUUCUGUCUCUAAUCUCUGCAACAGCCGCGCUUCCUGGGUCCCGCGGCUCUCCUACCCACUCAGCCGCGGCCAGCGGCCGGGCGAAAAUCAGAGCCGCCCGCCCCCCAUCACCCACCAUGGAAACCUUCCAAGAAAAAGUGGCUCCGGACGCGUGUGCCUGAGGAUUCCUCACAAAAGAGGUGCCCAAAAUGAAGACCCUGAUGCGCCAUGGUCUGGCUGUGUGUUUAGCGCUCACCACCAUGUGCACCAGCUUGUUGCUCGUGUACAGCAGCCUCGGCGGCCAGAAGGAGCGGCCCCCGCAGCAGCAGCAGGCAGCGGCGACCGGCAGCGCGCAGCCGUCGGCGGAGAGCAGCCCCCCCUCGAGGCCCCGGGCCCCCGCGGGACCGCAGCCGCUGGACGGAUACCUCGGCGUGAGGGACCACAAGCCCCUAAAAAUGCACUGCAGGGACUGUGCCCUGGUGACCAGCUCCGGGCACCUGCUGCGUAGCCGGCAAGGCCCCCAGAUCGACCAGACCGAGUGCGUCAUCCGCAUGAAUGACGCCCCGACGCGCGGCUACGGGCGCGACGUGGGCAAUCGCACCAGCCUGAGGGUCAUUGCGCAUUCCAGCAUCCAGAGGAUCCUCCGCAACCGCCACGACCUGCUCAACGUGAGCCAGGGCACCGUGUUCAUCUUCUGGGGCCCCAGCAGCUACAUGCGCAGGGACGGCAAGGGCCAGGUCUACAACAACCUGCAACUCCUGAGCCAGGUGCUGCCGCGGCUGAAGGCCUUCAUGACCACGCGCCACAAGAUGCUGCAGUUCGAUGAGCUCUUCAAGCAGGAGACUGGCAAAGACAGGAAGAUCUCUAACACUUGGCUCAGCACUGGCUGGUUCACAAUGACAAUUGCGCUGGAGCUCUGUGACAGGAUCAAUGUUUAUGGCAUGGUGCCCCCAGAUUUCUGCAGGGAUCCCAAUCACCCUUCAGUACCUUAUCACUAUUAUGAACCGUUUGGACCUGACGAAUGUACAAUGUACCUCUCGCACGAGCGAGGACGGAAGGGCAGUCAUCAUCGCUUCAUCACGGAGAAACGUGUCUUUAAGAACUGGGCACGGACAUUCAACAUUCACUUUUUUCAACCAGACUGGAAACCAGAAUCACUUGCUCUAAAGUCUCCGGAGAAUAAACCUGUGUUCUGAUCAAUGAGGGUGCCAGACCAAAAUCCCAAGUACCUACGGUAUCAGACGCCGGGGCACUGAACUUCCGGAGCCAGCAGACACAAAAGGGGGACAGAAUCGGGAGAGGAAACUCAAUAAGCAGCAUGUACAGAUGCCUCAGAGGCGUGACUCCCAAGCAGUGCAGUUGGUCUGUAAGGAGAAAAUGCCAGAAUCAAUAGGUCCUCAUGAGUGUCAUCCCUUGCAAAAGGGGUUACCUUAGGAGUGAAACACCCAUGUCAGUGAUGCUGCCGUGGCUAAAGAACAUUCUGGAUCUCUUUAUUGCCUUCAAAACUGAAACACGAGCAACUCAACCAUGUUAGUUGUGUUCCUUUGUAGAAAUGCCAAAUGAAGGAUGUUUUUCUAUCAAGUUGUUGUAUCCUAACCUGAUCUAUAAUCUUUGUCAUCUGUUGGGCUCUGUAUGUGUGAUUUGUAAAAAGCAGUCUGAAAGUAUGGACGUGAUUUCUGAAGAGCACAUCUCCACUGACUUUCAUAAAGCAAAUGCCCA